UUUAUUUAUUUCUUUGGAAGGAUCUUGACUCUUUUUUAAUGGAAAAAAAGGGAAAUUAAUGCAAACCGUCAAAAAUGGCUAUCGUCCUUUAGCUUCUUCCCAUUAUUCGGAGAGAUGCGUUAUCUUUCUUCAUCCUUCAACCAUAACACAAACACAAGAACCCCAGCUCCAGCUACCUCCAACCCAAAACACCCAUUUAUUACUCUAAACAUUACUAGUAAAAUUAAUAAAAAGAAGAUAUUCUUCUUCCUAAUAACAUACCAAUUCAUUUCAAAGAUUGAUUCUCCACACCAGCAACAAAAAAAUUAAGUUCCAAAGAAAGACAUCUUCACUUACUAUGCUCCUCUGCUGCAAUAGUAAGGCAAAACGAAUCACUGUGUUCUAGAUUUCGAAAUCCAAAUGGACGACGACGACGAAGAAUACCCAAUUCCUGUCUCAAAGAAACCGUCCACGCAAAACGAUGAGAUCAUGGAACUGUUAUGGCAAAACGGCCAGGUCGUGAUGCAAAACCAAAACCAACGACCGUUCAGAAAACAACCGCCGACGACGGACGGCGACGGCCCCAUUCCGGCGAGGGAGAUUCGAUCCUCCGAAGCGGAAAACUACAAUAGCCAACACUUGUUCAUGCAAGAAGACGAAAUGGCGUCGUGGCUGCACUAUCCAAUCCAUGAAGAUCCUCCUCCCUUCGAUCACCACGAUUUCUGCGCCGACAUCCUCUACCCGCCGCCAUACGCCACCGCGAGCCAGAAUCAAAGCAGCGCCUCCGUGCAGUCCUCCGUUCGCACGACGGAGCUCCAGCAUCCGGCUCCUCGGCCUCCGAUUCCGCCGCCGAGGCGGCAGGAGCAUACGCUGAGCAGGAUACACAAUUUCACGCACUUCGCAAAGCACGGAAAUGCGUCGUCGAGUUCGAAGGCGGCCGCGCCGGCGCAGCCGACGGUUGCGGAUUCGUGCGACACGCCGGUAGCCACGGCGGAGCACGUGGAAACCGGCCGCGCGAGCGUCAGCGCCGCCGCCGGUAAAACCCCCGCGUCGGAUGGCGGGAGGGAGACGGCGACCUGCGACGUGACCGUGACGUCAUCGCCUGGCGGUUCGAGCGGGAGCGCUGAACCGGUUCAGAGAGAACCAGUGGUGAACCGGAAGAGGAAGGGAAGGGAACAAGAGGAAUCGGAGUAUCAGAGCGAGGAUGUUGAUUUUGAAUCUCCGGAAGCUAAAAAGCAAGUUCGUGGUUCUACAUCUACGAAAAGAUCUCAUGCUGCAGAAGUCCAUAAUCUCUCAGAGAGGAGGCGUCGAGAUAGAAUUAAUGAGAAGAUGAAAGCUUUGCAAGAACUUAUACCUCGGUGCAACAAGUCUGACAAAGCUUCAAUGCUGGAUGAAGCAAUUGAGUACUUGAAGUCACUGCAAUUACAAGUGCAGAUGAUGUCCAUGGGAUGUGGCAUGGUACCUAUGAUAUUUCCUGGAAUCCAGCAGUAUAUGCCACCAAUGGGAAUGGGGAUUGGGAUGGGUAUGGGUAUGGGUAUGGGCAUGGAAAUGGGAAUGGGAAUGAACAGAUCAGUAAUGCCAUUUCCCAAUAUGUUAGCUAGUUCGACUUUGCCAGCAGCAACUGCAACUGCUCAUUUGGGACCAAGGUUUCCUAUGCCUCCUUUCCAUAUGCCCCAUGUUGCUACACCUGAUUCAUCCAGAAUGCAAGGAGCAAAUCACCCAGAUAAUAAUAUGCUUAACUCACUUGGUACACUAGAUCCAGAUCAAUCAUGUAUCCCAAACUUCACUGAUCCUUAUCAACAGUACCUCAGUCUCCAACAGGCACAGUUACAAUUAAUGCAGACAAUGAACCAACCAAAUGUCAGCAAGCCUAGUACCAGUAGAGGUCAAGAGAAUCCAGAAAAGCAUCAGUCAGACAAAACAUGAUUGGUUGAUAUUACAAUCUAGCCCUGAAAAUUCAAAUGGUGCGGCUCACUAUUGGAUAGCUGGUAGACUACCAGUAACUCUCACAUCAGGGGAUUGUAAGUCUUUUUAGUGCUCGAAGGUUCAAAUCCUGAUUGAUUAUUAGGUUAGCUUUUUCCGGCAUCUAGACAAAAGCUGUUGUAAUAUGCGAGAACUAACUUUUUAGCAGUUCUCAGUAACAAACAAACUAACAUGUAAAUUAUUUUCACCCUCGCAGUAUUUCUGUCCCCUUUCUUUUGCCCAGCACUUUUUACCCCACUUAAAAGUUCAUACUAUUUUAGAGAUUAUUUGUGUUGGCAGGUGCAGUUCUUUAUACAGUCUAAACGUAGAAGAUCCUUUCUGUUUAGUCUUGGACUGGAUUCAGAUUCAUGUUCUGCCCCCUAUUUGCCGUUGUACUAUCAUUUUUUUACUGCUAGACAUUACAGCGGUAUAUGGAUGGUGAUUAUUUAUAAAGAAAACAAAAGGUGAAAGUGAAACAGUCCUUCAUUUA